UCUUUUUCUCACAAUCAACCGGGGCCAAAAGAGGAUUUAAACGAAGGAGUUACAUGCGCGUUUCUAUGGUAACGGUGCUAUUCCAGAGCCUCUGAAGGACUGAAGGUUAUCACUGAACAUCCAGCAAACUCAAAGCCCAAGCUCAGCUCAACAAUGGGCGGUCAAACCAACAGCGAGGAGGUGGCCCCUUCAACUCGUACCAGGACAUUUUUGGAUGAUGUCAUUUUGACCUUUAGUUCCCCAAUGGCGUGGCUGCUGGUUGUGGCUCUGGUCAUCACUUGGUCGGGAGUCGCCAUCGUUCUCUUUGAUCUGCUCGACUAUAAAUCUCUGACAGAGUACACAUCAUACUGUGACGACCCCGUGUGUUUAUCUCCUGCAUGUCCCCCGCAUCAUCGAGAGAUACAGUACAGUCUCCCUCCACCUUCUGCCAUCGCCAAGAGAGGUUUGAAGGCUAAAGGUGGUUUCCGUCCAGUUAAAUCCAGCCCUGCCGGGGUCCCUGCUGGCCUCACAGCUCAGGAGAGCACUGACUGGUUGGAGGUGAUAUGGUCUUUUGCAGCCAGUUUGGUAGCUCCUGAUGAGGAGGAGGAAGGUAUUCACCAGCUAACUGACACCCUCACAUCUUUCCACUCUGAAGAGCUCUGAACAAGAGGAGAGGAGAGAGGACAAGAAUGGACAAGUAUGAAGCGCCGGAGAGAGGAAGAGAGGACAAAAAGAGAGAAG